GUCGUUUCCGGUGGAGCCGCAGCCGAGCCGCUAUCGCAGAGUGGAGCUGGGCUACGAGCGCAGCGCUGAGGGAGCAGGGCACCGCCGUAGUCUAGCACCGACAGUUCCGCGUCCGCCGCCGCGCGUCCCAGAAAAUCAUGGCGUCUGGUAGUACUACUGCCAGUGAGGAGGAGCGUAGUCUCCGGGAAUGUGAACUCUACGUGCAGAAGCACAACAUUCAGGCGCUGCUCAAGGAUUCUAUUGUGCAGUUGUGUACUGCUCGACCUGAGAGACCCAUGGCAUUCCUUAGGGAAUACUUUGAGAAAUUGGAGAAGGAGGAGGCAAAACAGAUUCAGAAUCUGCAGAAAGCAGGCACCCGCACAGACUCAAGGGAGGAAGAAAUCUCUCCUCCUCCCCCCAAUCCAGUGGUUAAAGGUCGGCGGCGACGUGGGGCUAUCAGUGCUGAAGUCUACACAGAGGAAGAUGCUGCGUCUUAUGUUAGAAAGGUUAUACCAAAAGAUUAUAAGACAAUGGCUGCUUUAGCUAAAGCCAUUGAAAAGAAUGUGCUGUUUUCACAUCUUGAUGAUAAUGAGAGAAGUGAUAUUUUUGAUGCCAUGUUUCCAGUCUCCUUUAUUGCUGGAGAGACUGUUAUUCAGCAAGGCGAUGAAGGGGAUAAUUUCUAUGUGAUUGAUCAAGGAGAGAUGGAUGUCUAUGUCAACAAUGAAUGGGCAACCAGUGUUGGUGAAGGAGGGAGCUUUGGAGAACUUGCUUUGAUUUAUGGAACACCUAGAGCAGCCACUGUCAAAGCAAAGACAAAUGUGAAACUCUGGGGUAUUGACCGAGACAGCUAUAGAAGAAUCCUUAUGGGAAGCACACUGAGAAAGCGAAAGAUGUAUGAGGAGUUCCUUAGUAAAGUGUCUAUUUUAGAGUCUUUGGACAAAUGGGAACGUCUCACUGUAGCUGAUGCACUGGAACCAGUCCAGUUUGAAGAUGGACAGAAGAUUGUGGUGCAGGGAGAACCAGGAGAUGAGUUCUUCAUUAUUUUAGAGGGGUCGGCUGCUGUGCUGCAACGUCGGUCAGAAAAUGAAGAGUUUGUUGAAGUGGGAAGAUUGGGGCCUUCUGAUUAUUUUGGUGAAAUUGCACUACUGAUGAAUCGUCCUCGUGCUGCUACAGUGGUUGCACGUGGCCCCUUGAAGUGUGUGAAGCUGGAUCGACCUCGAUUUGAACGUGUCCUUGGCCCAUGCUCAGAUAUUCUCAAACGAAACAUCCAGCAGUACAACAGUUUCGUGUCACUGUCUGUCUGAAACCUGCCUCCUGUGCCUCCCUUUCUCCUUUCCCCAGUUCAUGCUUCACUCACGCAGACUGCUUAAUUUUCCCUAUUUGCAGCGCCAAGUGGCCACUGGCAUUGCAGCUUCUUGUCUCUUUAUAUUAAAAAUUGCUUUUAUUGCACCGUUCUCAAUUUGGAGCAUUAAGUGAAUGCUCGAACACAAAUAAAUAGAAAGAGUUCUGUGGACUUUGCUGUUACUGCUUCUCUCUGUGCAGUGUUAGUGUUCAAACUGGGCAGUGAGUGCCAUGCUUUUUGGUGAGGGCAGAUCCCAGCACCAAUGAAUUACCAUAGAGUAAUGAUGUAACAGUGCAAGAUUUUUUUGUGACAUAAUUUUCCAGUCAAGCAUAUUUAGACUGUGGCCAUAUAUGCUAUAUUUCUUUAUAGAAUAAAUGGUUUCUCAUUAAGCUGUAAGGAUUAGGAACAAUGGAUAUAGAAAAAUCUUAGUAGCGUAGAAAGACAUCUGCCUGUAAUUAAAACUAGUUUAAGGUGAAAAAAUGCCCAUUUUUGCUAAUUAUCAGAUGGAUACAGUUGGUUCAGACCCCCACCCUUAACCUGAAUUUUUGUUUGCCAAGCUAAUUUGCCUGGUUUUGUUUGUGUCCUGUUACUGUUUCUUUUCCAACUCUGAAAUACUUUUAGGUGUGGCUGUCUAUACCAGCCUUUUAAGUUUGAAACCAAACCAUAGACUACAAAUAUUGGGUUAUGAUUUAACUACAUCUGCCUCAGCUCACAGAUUUUAUUUAUCCAGCUAGUGCCAAAUACUGACAUCAGAUGCUGAAUUGAAAAUAAGAAUUUGAGGUCUACACUUUCAGUUGUUAACUUAAGAGUUUUUGGUUAAUACAUGUUCUUCAUUUGACUCCAGUAUGAUAUCCUAUGUUCAGUAGACUCUUGAUUCUAGGAGAUUGGAUUUGCUGAGAGUAGAUACAGGUGGAAAUAAUGUCACACAGAAAUAUGAAGUGACGUUGCUAAAGAGAAGAACCAGGUGGACAGAUUUCAGUGUCGAGAAUUUUCCCCCACUAAAUUCAUUGGGGCGUGAGGUUUAGGAAUAAGUUUUGUACUUCGGUUUCACAUUUACCCCCUCCUUUUUAUGUUGGCUAGAACUUUGGGUGGGGUGGGAUGGGGUGGGAUAUGUCUGUGUGUCUAAAAGGCCAUUCUGCUGGAAGACCUGCUUUCCUGUCCUGUAUUUCUCUGGCAGCCUUUUAUUUUUACUUUAAGUCAACUUGUGUUUUGAGUCUUACCUGUAACUCAGUAUUUUCCUGCCUUAUGUGUUAUAAUAUUCCAAUGAUACCCAACAGUUUAUUUUUAUUAUGAUUUUUUUAAACAAAAUUUCACAGUUCUGUAAUGUAGGCACUUUUAUUUUCAUUGUGAUUUAUGUAUAUUGUAGGGUAAUAUUUGGGAGUGACUGCAAGCAGUUUUCCAUCUGUGUGCAACUGGUUUUGAUUAAUAAUCCUUUCACCUACCUUUUCCCAGGUAAUUUAAAUUGGACAUGAUCGAUUUUUUUUGGUUUUUUUGCAGAUUUUAGGUUGUUACUAACUUUGGAAUAUAAAUCUGGGAAAGAAAUUUUAUUUACUUGUUAGUGUGGGAUAGAAAGCCACCUUGUUACAAAUUUUUUAAUUUCCAAAAUCUGUAUUAAAUGAAGGUUUUCUGCUCUGUACUUUAUGUUUAGCUAUCUUUUUUAUACUUAAAAAAACUAAAAAUAAAAAUUAUGUUCUUAUUAGCUUUAAGCUUGAUUUUGAUCUUUGUUUAAAAGCCCAAAAUGUACUUAAAUGAAUUAUGUAGAAUGCCAUAAAAUCAGUUUCUUAUAUGUACAUAAUCAUGUUCAUGUAUAUUUAGGUAUGGAUACUGCUAAGUGAGUUUUACUCAAAUCAUUUGGCUUGCUGUUUACUCCCUUUUGUAGUUUUUGAUCUUAGACAUUUUAAGAUAAGUCUGAAUUGAAAAAUUUUCACAUUUAAAGCUUUAUCUUUGUGCAAUCUAAGUGUAUGUGAGAAAUCACAGUUGGCAUAAUUUUGUUGUAGUUGAUAUUCAGGGUUUUAGGAAUCAUUAUUUCAGGAUUUGGUGAGUGAAUUUAUGAGAUCUACUGCUCUAGAAGUAUAGAUGGCCAAAGGACCAUUUCGUAUUGCCUCCUGGUUGCCUGUCUGAUGAUACUGUGUGUGCUAAUAUAUGCUAUUCUUUUUGUUAUAGAUUGUCUUAACAGUAGGUCAAGUAAUAAAAAGAGAUUAAAUAAUUUAAAUUCUUAAA